AUGGUUAUCGGGAGAUACGAAAAGAAUAUGGAUCAGAUGCUAAUUGGUCUGCUUCUCGUUGACGAAGAAAUGAGAACUGCAAACCUAAAUAAAGAUAAAACAGCAAAAAGAGGAAGACGUAAUCUUACUGUUACUAGUUUUGGGUUUUAUUUUGGUGGCGUAGCCAGAAAUGACAACGAUAGUCUUCUGUCCAAUGGGCGUUCUCUGCUUGCACUUAUUCCCAUACGACAUCCCUUCUGUAUCACUGUUACAACAAUUAGAAUGAUCCAUAUCGUGAUGUCUGUGGAUGACAUCUCUAUCGUUGCUGAAUCCCAUCGUUCGACAGAACAGAAGGAUCGAUUUGGUAAUACCCGUUUAAGUGCUAGCAGACGAAAUCAUCCUCGAUCAAGAUGA